AUGCCGUACCUGGAACUCCAAUACCUGCGCCUGGUGCGCGGCCGCUUGGUGCCUGGGCAGGAGGCGGACGUCCUUCAGAUGUAUCAUGGGGAGGACUUAGUGUCAAAGAGCAAACACAGUCUGAGGGAUAACCUCCUCCAUGCGCUUGAAGGCUUCGCCCUGGCGAAGCGCACGCCCGAUGACGUGGUGCAGUUCGACGUCAACUUCCCGGCCGGCGCGCUCACCAAGGACAGGAGCCCGGUGCGGUUCCCUCCGCCCGCAAGGUGCAAGUCGAUCUGCUUCGACGGUUUGUUCGGGCUGAACCGUGCCGUGGGCCCUGACGCCGCGAAGAGCGUGGUCAAGGCGAAGCCCAAGAAGAAACAGUUGUACUACAAGGACGAGGAGAGGACGGCCUCGUGCGCUGCCAAGGACAAGAUCAGGCGGACGUUGGCUGGCCGCACGGGCGGGUGGCAGUUCGCCCUCGACCCUGCUACAGUGCGAGUCCUCGGAGCCAUGGAACACAAGGAGAAUGAGUGCACGACGGACAAGAUCACGUUGCUCACGGCGGUGAUGGGGAUGGAAAAGGUAAACGCCGACUUCCUGAUCCACGACGACAUGUGCCACUUCGAGAGGUCUGCUUUGAUUCGCGCGCCCGAGGCUUUCGCCGCAGUAAAAUAUUGGGUCAUCGACGAAUUCCAUCGGAAGAACCACGCCUGCAGCAAGUGCACGUGGACGCACAGGUAG